AUGUCUCAACGAAUAAUCUUACAUUUGAGAGCAGAAACCAAACCAUUGGAAGCUCGAGCUGCUUUAACUCCUUCCACUGUUGAGAAGUUGCUUCAAGCAGGCUUCAAAAUAUACGUGGAAAAAUCAUCUCAAUCUACCUUUGACAUCAAAGAAUACGAAAAAGCAGGUGCAAUCAUAGUUCCAGAAGGUUCGUGGAAAAAUGCACCAAGAGAAAGAAUUAUAAUCGGAUUGAAAGAACUUCCUGAACAAACAUUCCCCUUGAUCCACACCCACAUCCAGUUUGCUCAUUGUUAUAAAAAUCAAGCAGGCUGGCAAGAUGUGCUUCAAAGAUUUCCUGAUGGCCAUGGUUUGCUAUAUGAUUUGGAAUUUUUGGAAAACGAUCAAGGAAGAAGAGUAGCAGCUUUUGGCUUCUACGCAGGUGUUGCAGGUGCUGCUUUAGGUGUCAAAGACUGGGCUUUCAAACAAACACACUCUGAUUCUGAAGAUUUGCCUGGUGUCACUCCUUAUCCUAAUGAAACCGAGUUAAUCAAUGACGUUAAAGAAGACUUGAGAAAAAUAGCAAAUAACAAUAAACCAACUGUUUUGAUAAUUGGUGCCCUAGGCCGAUGUGGUUCGGGUGCAAUUAAAUUUUUACAAGACGUUGGAAUUCCAGAUGAAAAUAUUAAAAGAUGGGAUUUAGAAGAGACUAAACCAGGUGGUCCAUUUAAAGAAAUUGCAGAUUCUGACAUUUUUAUUAAUUGUAUUUAUUUGUCACAGCCAAUUCCACCAUUCAUCAAUUACGAUUUGCUAAACUCUGAAACAAGAAAAUUAAGAACAAUUGUUGAUGUAUCUGCCGACACUACAAACCCACACAAUCCAAUUCCUGUUUAUACAGUUGCAACUGUUUUCAAUAAGCCAACUGUUGUUGUUGAGACCAACAAAGGACCAAAAGUAUCUGUGAUUUCAAUUGACCAUUUGCCUAGUUUGUUACCAAGAGAAGCAAGUGAAUUUUUUGCUCAUGAUUUAUUACCAAGUUUACUAGAAUUGCCCAGCAGAAAGAGUUCAAAUGUUUGGACAAAAGCUGAAAAAUUGUUCAACUCCAAAGUAGCUGAAUUACGUAGACAACAUAAAUUAUGA